AUGGAUACCACCCCAAAGACAAUCGCCAAAGGAUUAACCCACACUAACUGCGUCACCAUAGCCAUCGCAUCCCCAACGAUUCCAGUGCGCGAAAAAUGGACCAGCAACAUCGAGUUUACGCUCUCCUGCAUCGCAUACUCGGUCGGGUUUGGCAACAUCUGGAAGUUCCCGUACACCGCCCUAGACAAUGGUGGUGGCGCCUUUCUAAUACCGUACCUGGUGGUGCUGUUCGUGAUCGGACGUCCACUGUACUAUCUCGAAAUGGCUAUGGGUCAAUUCUGUAGCCGAGGAUGUGUUAAAAUCUACGACAUGGCCCCGGCAAUGCGUGGUGUCGGUGUAGGACAAUCGGUCGCAAUGGUAGUGGCGAUGUCAUACUACACACCGGUUCUAGCCAUAACCUUACGCUAUCUGCUGCUAUCGUUCAGCAGUGAGCUGCCGUGGAGCAAGUGUCAUCACUCGUGGAGUCGGUGCAUUGAUUCCGACUUUCGGGGGUACGCGAAUACGUCGGACGAAACCACCGAGGAUCGAAGGAAUGUGUCCGCGGAGCUUUAUUUCACCAACACAAUAAUGCAUCGAGCACCAUUAUCGGAAGGACUUGGAUGGCCCGAUGGACAACUUGUGCUCUGUCUACUGGUUUCUUGGACCAUUCUGGUGGUGAUCCUUAUCAAGGGAGUGCGCAGCACGGGUAAAGCGGCCUACUUCCUAGCUAUCUUCCCGUACGUUAUCAUUUUUAUCCUGCUUGCCCAUUCGCUAAGCCUGGAAGGAUCACUCGAGGGCAUCAAGUUCUUCCUGACGCCCAAGUGGGAGAGUCUCUUUUCAGCGAAAGUUUGGAUGGAAGCAGUUACUCAGUGCUUUUUCUCACUUUCGAUUUGCUUCGGUGGGAUCAUCGCUUACUCCUCCUUCAACAACUUCUCCAAUAACGUGUACCGUGAUGCAAUGAUCAUAUCUUGGCUAGACACAUUCACAUCAAUUAUUGUGGGUUGCAUCGUGUUCGGUGUGCUUGGAAACCUUGCCCACGUUACACACAGGACCAGCAUCCAGGACAUCGUACGGGAAGGACCGGGACUAACGUUCAUGGCAUAUCCUGACGCUAUCGCGAAAUUCGAAUACUGUCCACAACUCUUUUCAGUACUGUUCUUCCUGAUGUUCUUCAUCGUGGGAAUUGGCAGUAAUUUGGGUGCGAUCACUAGCGUCAUCACGGCGAUCCGCGAUCGUUGCCCAACGGUUGAAAACUGGAAAGUUGUGAUGAGUGUAAGUGUGACGAUGUUUUGCGUAAGUGUCGUGUACUUAGCUCCUGGUGGAUUGGAUCUGCUGGAUGUCUUGGAUACAUACGGUGCAAAGUACGUUACACUCACGCUAGCACUGUUUGAAAUUCUAACGUUCGCCUGGAUCUACGGUGUGGAUCGUGUCUGUCGGGACAUUAAGUUUAUGUUGCAGCUAGAAACUGGCCUGUUCUGGCGUAUCUGCUGGGGAUUCCUUGCUCCGAUGCUGGUCGGUAUCAUUCUGGUAGUGAGUUUUGUCGACUAUGUCCCACUGAAUGUCCCCGUGGGAUAUAAUGUUGCGGGAUGGAUUCUGUACACGUUUGCCAUCCUUCAGCUCCCGUUAUGGGCCGCUUAUGCAAUCCUAACGCAAGACGAGAAAGGUUGGCGCACGAAAUGGAAGACAGCCUUCCAACCCACCAGCAACUGGGGGCCAGAAAACGAAAUUACACGCGAACAGUACAGCAAGAUGGAAAGCAAAAGGUGUCACUUUAGUGCCGUCCCGGUACAACAUUGUGUGGACAGAUUGUGUAGCAAAAUAUUUGACUAGAAUAGUUA